GUAUUUUGAAGUACAUGCUGCUUUUUUCAGAUAGGUGACCUUGAUUGCUUAGAUGUUGUUCUGCAAAUCCCUUUUCCCCCCUUCAGAUGUGGCCAUAAUUCUGUAGACUAUUAUCGGGAGGAAUUUUGCUUCGAAUAGUCGCAAUGCGGUUUUGGUGGAUUCGUUCUGAAUUUUUUUGACUUUGUUUAUUGCGAUCACUGCUGCAACUGCUCCUUUAAAGUCGCAACAGAAGGUCAAUCCGAUUGUCUGUAGGGUUAUGCCGACAGGUUUUAGCACCUCACUUUCUAUUGCUAUGGUUUUAUUUCCGACAAUUUUGUCUCCUUUUCGAAACACCAUCGAACAGUUUUCUCUCUGUUUACUCUCAAGUCGUUCUCCGUUGUCCACUUACACAAGGAGUUCAUGGCUUCUUGCAGGUUAUCCAUAUUAUUUUAUAUUAAUAUUACGAUAUGUCAAAUGACGACGAUCAAAUGAUAAGUUGUGGGUACAAUUGAGAAUUUGACAUCACUGGCUAAAUGAAGUGCCCAUACUAUUGUCACAUGGUUCGUGACGCAAACUAGAGCUGCUCAGAAUGAUCAAAAAACGGGGCGCCGGAGUAGCUCACCCAUAUCCAUACUCUUUGCCCAUAUCUUUUCGCCGAUCUGAUGACAUCAGAAACCACACUUUGGAAUCUCUCUGGCAUAUAGUAUAUGGAUGAUACUGCGGCAGUACGGGGCAGAGUAUAAGGUACAGAGUUGGGUGGAAUUAAUUGGCGUUUAUUGCGUACAAUCGGGUGCGGGUGGGCGACGCUGGAUUCUAGUGCAAGGGCUAUUGAUAGAUUUUUUGUUUCUUACUAACCUUUAAUGUCAGGAGCUUUUUGUAUUUAAUUCAACUUAUAAAAUGUCGGGGCAAUGGGAAGUGGUAAUAAAGACCAAAAAGAAACAGAAUAGCGAUAAAGCAAAAACUAUGACGAAAAUCGAACAGAAAAAAUCUAUUCAAAAUGAUCCAAAAACUGAGGAAGCCCUGCCCUUAUCUCAAGUUCAGACGCUGUAUGAUGCAUUAAACAAUGACAUUAAGGACAGUAAGAAACCAGGAAAGGAAAAUCAUGCCAAAGAAAAUUACGUCAAGAAAACGCAAAAGAAAUCACAAACAAAAAAGAAGGAUUCAUCUAAAGACAAACUUGUGCUUCCAAAAACCUUAGAUACUGCAAUGAAGAUGAUUAAUAAGAAAGAAUUAAACUCUGAAUUGGAGUCUGGACGACGAAGAUUUCCAAACGCUCCUCUUGUAUGGCUUAAAGGACUUGUUGGUUACUUUAAUUCACGUUUAACUGUGGAAAAUGUGAGUCCAGUGUUUGAAGGAAAGUCGCAUGAAUAUCCUCAGAAUCUUGUAUCUGGAGAUCUGCGUGAUAUUCUCAAACGAUCUGUGUUAACACAAAAUGACACAGUUGCUCAAAAUUUAUUUGAUUGGUGCUUAGCUGCUAUGGCUAAUGAUAUGUGUAGAGUAGAUAAAGCAUGUGAAGUUGUUUUGGGAUACAAGCUAAUUGCACAGCUGUUAGCUAUUCAUAAUCCAUCUCUUGUUAUAUCUGCAAUCCCCAAAGUGAAAAUUUUGUUGGCAUCAUACCAAAACCGUCAGUCCAUAGGUUUAUCUCUCUUAUGGAUUUUGGGUCAAGGUGGUUACAAAGACCUGAGUAUUGGGCUUCAAGUGUGGCAGCAGGUCAUGUUUCCAAUGGUGGACUUGAGAUUAUACUCAGGUUUUGUUGUAAACUAUUUACACACGCUUCUUGGAGUACAAUCGAGUUCACAACCCCUUCAAGCAGAAGAUCUUCUACCUGUACUGAAAGUUUUGUGUUCACCACCUGACACUGUACCAAUGAACAAGCGCAAAGAGUUCCAAGAAAUGUCAUCAAAAUUACUGGCUCGUGUUUUGGACUUGCCACUGGAAACUACGUUCCUUCCUUUAUUCCCCAUUUUACUUAAACAACUUGAUGAUUCUGCACCAGAACGAUUUAAGAGAGAGGUAAGAAUGUAAUACUGAAUAAUUUUCUUAUCAUCAAAGUAAAUGUAAAUCAAAAAAUUUCUCCAGCCUUUUACGUUAAAUGCCAUUUAAUACUGCCAAAAACUGGUAAGAGUUGGGACAAAGUGCCAAGAACAACACACAAUCAACUUAAAAAUAUGUUGAAUGGUUUUCGAUCUACUAACCGUGUUUUGGAUAAGCAAGGAGUAGCAGAUGCACAUGCCCAGGCAUGUGAACAUCUGUCUACGGAACUGCUGCAAAGGAUGGCGACCGCCCGCGCCGCUUCGAGCUUUCCGUGGCUGCGCGCCAACCUCCUGCUGCUGGCCGCCAUCGCCGCGCUUCUGGCGUACGACGUGCGCCGCCACGGCUCCCUGCAAGAAAAUGUGGUUAUUGUUGUAACAGAAUCAAGCACUGGACAUUUGCUGCGAGACAUUGGUGCUCUGCCUUAUGUUGAGGAUGGAUGGAGUCAAACUCAGUCAUAUAGUCAACAAUCUUACACUUGGUUAUUAAAGAAUGGACCUGAAUAUUAUCGUCAAGCAUGUGAAGUCUCAUCGCCAUAUCUCAUAAAGGCCCAAGAAAUCCUACUUUCUGGAAUGUCAUACGCUAUUUCUGGCUGUAAAACAAUCUAUGCGUAUGGUCAUGAAAAGGCUCCUUUGGUGUCUGAAUGGGUUGAGCAGUGGGCCCCUGGGUUGAGAGACAGAGCCAUUGAAUUCAGCCUCCAUGUUUGGGAGCAAGGAAUAAUAUACAGCAUUGCUGGUGGAAAAAUUCUUCUAGAAUAUGGUCAGGAUGCAGUCACAUGGGCUCGCACCAAUGUUUUUGUAGGAUCCUGGUCACCAGACAACAUUCAGCAGUACUCUUGGGCUGUACUUAAUGUUACUCAAGAAUACGCUCUUGGAACAUACGAUUGGCUGUAUCAGAAAGUACAAACUUUUUCCAAAGUUGAGUAGCACUUAAUAAAUGGGCCAACAAGUGUAAUGCCUCGUGUGAUUGUGAAUAUUAUGCAUUAUGUUCUGUAUGAAGAAUUUAUAUUCUUUAUGAAGGCUUAAUCUCAUUUUAAUUGAAAGAAAAAAUGUGUUGUUUGCACAUUUCAUUUAAAUCAUAAAAGCAAUUUUAUUUGGGAUGUUGGUAUGCAGAAACAUUACCCAGUUAAAUAUUUAUUUGUAGAUCAUGUAAUGUAUGGACUUGAAUUGCUCUUGUGAAUGAAAUCAUGAACUCUUGGUUUAUUUGAAUUCAGACAUUGUAUUGAUUAUUGUGCAGUGUGUGUGGACUUUUACAUACCUCCAAUGUGCUAUAAAGUAUUUGAAGGCUUAUUCCAUUUUUAAUUUUAUAUGCAUGUCUUCUUUGAAGUAUGCAAUUAGUUUAUAAAGUUUGCUGCAGCAUUCAAGGGUGCCUAAUUGUCACUAUUUUUUUCUUGAUCAUGAAAGAGCGCUUCCCUCUGAACAGAAAUUAAAUGUUAUUUGAUUACAGAACAUCAAUUGGUAUUUGUGUGAGAGAUAAUUAUGGGUGUGUUGUUUGUAAAUAGUUUGUCACUGUUGCAAUGCGUGAAAUAAAACACUGAAAGGUCUGGUAUAAAUCUGCUGGUGUAAAGUUUCCUUUCCCGUGAAUUUAUUAUUCCUG